CAAAUGUCAGAACUGAGUAAAUACAGUACUUCACAGCAAAAUGAUCAUGCUUCUACGACUUCUUCAGAUAAGCUUGAACCAUCCAAUGAUAUCUCUGCAACCAUGGAACGAAAACUCGAAAAUCAGCUGAAAGCAGUACGAAAAUAUGAGACUGAUAUCCAAACGAAACAAAAUGAUCAUAAACGUUUGCUUGAUGAGACAAAAGUUCAGCAGGAAAUUCACGGGCAACUUGAGGAGCUGAAAGAAAAAUUGGAUAACUCGCAUGUAGCAAAAAGCAGCGACGAUGAUAAUCCAGACGAUAUUCUUUGGAAGACGCAGGAUACGACGAAAUUUUGGGUAAUCGUAUCAAUAAUGGGAAUAUCACUUCUUCGUAUACAGCAGCUCCCUCUCAUGAAGUGACGGCGGGAUUGCAAGCAUGCUUUGCAAUGCUAAAUGAUAGUGAAAGCAGUAAUGAUAGCUAUAAAGGUGACACAAAUAAAUUAACGCCACUUGUUGAUGAACUUUUAAAAUUGUUAAGGGUGGUGAAAAAAGCACUUGAAGGCCGAAAACAAUACUUGCAAGCAAGG